AUGCCUCGCCCUGCCCCCAAACGAAGUCGUACAGUGGGAAAGACUCAGCCCAAAAACACGGCGAUAGAAGCCUCAACGCAACAAAUUGACCCAAAUGUCGCCAAAUCGCCUGUGCAGCCUGAGCGCGGCUCAGCCUUGGAUCCAAGACAGGCGCUACGCAGUCAAACACCCUUGACCAAAAGUCAUGAACAAGCAAUUGAAUCUUCACCCACAGGGGACCGGCCAGGCACCGGCAGUCGACCUGGAACCGGCAGUCGUCCCCCUACAAGAUCGCGCGGGUAUUCCUCUACGCUAUCAUUCGCUGGACGCAAAGGCGACACGAACUCCCGAGUUCCUGGAACGCCUGGAUUCGAUAAUUCGGUUCUGAGCAACUUCAGACGGCGGCCGCGACAGCAAAGCAUUCUGCAGAUGAUGCAAGCUGACGACGAUGGCUCUUCCGAUCUUGAUGAUGAUGACUUCCUUGGUGGGCUUAGCCCCAAUGAUGAAUCGACACCACUUAAUCUCUCUCGGGGAAAGUCACUACUUAUCAAGCCAACCGAGAAGUCAUCCCCGUCACCGUCCGAAUCACCGCUCUCGUCCGGCGGGUCGCGCAAGCGCAAGCGCAUGACCCAAGAGAUUCAAGUACCACAGUCGCCUGUGGAUAUGGUAGAAGAUACUCCAACUGCGACACCGAUUCAACGCGACAACUCUCGACAUGAUAUUGAAGACGAGCUUCCUGAAGAUGAGGUUGAACCCGAAGACGAGGAACUUGGAGAUGAGGAGGAUGAGGUUGAAAUAGUCGAGGCUACGCCGCAAUCGCAAUCCCAACGAUUCCCGGAAUUAUUGAGCCAGACUAUGUUACCACCGGCAAGCAGUCCUGCGGGCUCCGUUACACCUGGUGACUCUACACCGCGACCUGUUCAGAGGAAAAAGUCCAAAGCUCCGAGUCAUCUAUCGACGGCAAACCUGCAAGACAAGCUUCUACCACGUCGCCGGCACAGACUCCGCGCCAUCAAUGAUUACAGCGACGAAAGUGAUGAUCAGCAUGACGCCGCGUCUGGUGAUGAGGACGAGCUGAACUACCCAUCACAAAUAUCAUCCGGGCGACGGGCGGGGAAAAGCAAGCCCAAACCAUUAGCCAACGCCCGCAAUCCGAAGCAAAAGAAGAUUAAAGAAAAGAAAAUUAAGGACAAAUCGUCGGCUCCGAAAGAACCAGCUACGUAUUCACGUUCUCAAGCGAGUGGUGUCAACAAAGAAAACGAAACACUUCUGUCAUCACCAUCCUCUUCGCCAUUGUCAUCACCACCUGAGUCUGAUGUCUCUGAUUCUGAUUCCGAAUCUAUGGAAACAGAGGCCACUCGUUGCGUGAGCGAUGAGUUGCGCGCGGCAGUCAAGAAAUUUGCGGAAGUGGACCAAUGGGAGAUGGAGUUUGAGGAUGUAUCUGCUUCAGAGAGCUAG